GGGAGGAAAUACCUCAUGCAUCCUGUUUUCGCCUCACUCUACUGUACUUCAUCGAGAAGGCGCUGGUGUGAUUAAGGUCCAUCUGUGUCAAGAAAUACCAAGCUGAAAUGCCUCCCCCAUCGAUCUAAACUUGAUUUAACUGCUGAUUAUAUAAGGAGCUCUCCUCGUGGCCUUAGUUCCUGUCGGCACCCACCAUGUCGUGCCGGGACAUCCAUGCUACCAAUGCUUUUGCCUUCAUCAUUGCAAUUGUCUCUGUGGGAGGGAUUGCUGUGGCAGCGUUAAUCCCACAGUGGCGUAUAACAAGACUCGUCACCUUCAAUCGCAAUGCCAAGAAUAUCAGCGUGUAUGAUGGGCUGUGGGCUAAAUGUGUGAAGCAGGAUGGCUAUUCAGGAUGUUACUACUAUGAUUCAGAGUGGUACUCUAAGGUGGACCUGCUGGAUCUGCGGCUCCUGCAGUUCUGUCUGCCUAUAGGCCUGCUGCUCGGCUCUCUGGCCUUGCUGCUGUGCAUGGCAGGAAUGUGUAAGACCUGCUGCUGCUCAGACAAGCCUGAACCAGACAUUAAGACCCUCAAAUUCCUGGUAAACAGCGCGGGCUGUCACCUGGUGGCAGCGAUGUUUUUGUUCCUCGGAGGAGCCAUCGCCAUCGCGCCCUCCGUGUGGUUCCUCUUUCGCACCAAGGAACUGAACAUCAGAUAUGACAACAUCUUCUCUGACGGCUUUGCUGUGUAUGUUUCUAUUGGCUGCUCUGGAGGACUGAUGCUCGCCUCCCUGCUGAUGUUAAUGUGGUACUGUAUGUGUAAAAAGCUGCCUUCACCCUUCUGGUUGCCUCUGCCCUCCAUGCCUACCUCUCUGUCCGCCCAGCCGCUCACCGCCAACGGAUAUCCUCCUUCCCCAGUUUAUGGUCCUCAGCCCUUCCCACCACAGACCUAUCCCCCCACAGUGAUCGACACCCAGCCGUAUUUGCCCGUCCAGGGCUAUGCACAAAGUGUGGUCGCCCCUGCACCACCACAGGUAUACAUGUCUCAGAUGUCUGCUCCAGACGGGUACGGUUCAGAGGUGGGAGGGACCCAGGCCUACAGCUAUGCACCCUCACAAAGUUAUGCUCCCUCACAGAGCUACGCUCCCUCUCAGGGCUACACAUCCACCUACGCAGGCCACCGCUACUCCAGCCGCUCACGGAUGUCUGCCAUAGAGAUCGACAUUCCUGUGCUGACACAGGGACAGUAAGAGAAGGGAAGCUGAUAUCCUCAGCACAUGAAGGCAUCACAACACUAAUAGAGUAUGAUAGAUGAAAGUUAAUAAUGUGAGAGCUAUUUACAGCGCAUAGAGUGAUAGGUUCAAGAAUUCAGUCAGUCAGUCCAGGUCUGCAAAUUGCAGAUUAUAGAAGCCGAGAGCCCGGAGAUGCUAUAUGAAGGAUGAGAUUUUCUCCUAAACGAAGAUCACUAAAGCAUUGAUGCAAAAACACUGUAUUCACUUGUUGAAAGGGAAGAAAAUAGAGCCAAACUACUGAAGGACACCUCAACAGACUAGCUUUUUUUACUUUUUUUACCAGCAGAGUAGGACCAUUAAACAUUAGCUCCUAACUUGCUUCAGUGGCCAACGGACCAACCUGACAGUGAAGAGAAAAUAGUUACCAGCAUUUGGAAUGUGAUUCAAUGUAAAUAAUCACUUUUAACUUUGGAUUAAAGAAGGCCUUUCUGACAGCUAGUCAAGUAAAUCAGUUUAUUUCUGUUACAUUUGUUUAUGUCGGACACAUUACAUUUAUCCUUAAGUCACUUUUGCUUGUGUAACGCGUAAAGUACGCAGGUCUUCUGUUAUCACUACUGAACUUAACACUGGCUGUCAUCAACUUAAAAAUGCUGUUGUUCUGAAUGAAUCACUAACCUGUAUGUGUAACACAAGUUGUUAUUGUAUUGUUUUAAUGUCGCAGUGCCCCGUGAAGAGCAGCUGUUAAUGUUUUUAAUGCACUAAUUCUGUGAAUACUGUGCCAGUUUACAUUGCCUUUGUUCACUGACUUUAUUAGCCUUGAGUAUUUUCUAACAUAUUACUUAAUCCUUUAUUGUAACAUGUGCUUUUAAUAAGUGUUUUGUCAAAAAAAGAUGGAACUAAGACAUUUGCUAAUGUUAAAAACACAAAGAAAUAUCAGGAAUGAGAAUGCAGAUGAUUCAAACUUAUGCCAACUUCUUUAGAAUGGUAAUGUUGUAAGGUUGUUCAGUGGUAAUACUUGUGAUUAAGCCAAAUGUAAUGGACAGCUUAAAUCUCGCCUUUUUUAAGUUUUGCAUAAUGAGCACUGAUCAAUAUGUCUUCAAAUAUCUAAUGUGUAAAUCAUUAUUAUCGUUAUUCUACAAUGUUGAGGUCAAUGAAAUGUUUUUUUUUUUCCUACGCUGGCAUUAUUUUUUAUUUUUAUUAAAACAUAAAUCGCAAUGCA